AUGAGUGCCAGCGGUGGUGGUGGAGGCAGUGGCGGAGGUGGAGGCGGCGGAGGUGGAGGCAGUGGAGGCGGCAGCGGAGGAGGCAGUAGUGGUGGAGGAGGUGGAGCUGGUCGGGGUGGUACCCAGCAGCGUAGCGGCGGUGGUGGUGGCCAGCGCUCGCACCGGCAGCAGCAGCAGCGCUCGCGGGACAUCCCUUCGCCUCAGCAGCUUCGUGAGUGGUACGCUGGGCGUCAGAGGGGUGGGGGUACUGGUCCCUGCACCUACGUUCUUCGUUCCGGCGACCGCGCGGGUGAGCAGUGUGGGGGUGCCCACGCCACCCAGCGCUGCUUUGGCCGCCUGACGGACGCUUGGCGUCAGCAGUUCCCUGGGGCUAGUGAGAUCCCUCGCUGGGAUGAGCUUCUCAGGGCUGGUGUAGCGAUCUUUGAUCUUGAUUUUGAUGCUAUCCUUACUGCUAUGUAUGUUGUGGAUUAUAGUGAGGAGAAUGAGGGUUACCGGUGUUUUCAGCCCGACCCGGGCAUUGGUACUGCUGCGCUAGGUGCUUGUGAGGCUGCUGCUCUAGGUGCCAGUGCGUCUGCGCUCUCAGGUACUGGUGAGACUGCGCUCUCAGGUACUGAGUCGUCCUCGUCCUCCCUCACUUUCACACUUGACUCCGGAGCUUCUCGCUCCUUCUUUCGAGACCGCACUACCCUUUCGCCGCUCGCCAGGCCGGUUGCGGUCUCCCUUGCUGACCCCUCUGGGGGUCCUGUCCUGUCUCACUUCUCCACUGUCCUCCCGUGUCCGGCUGCCCCUUCGGGCACCCUGUCGGGUCUGUACCUUCCCUCGUUCUCUACGAACUUGGUGAGUGGAGCGGACCUGCAGGAUGGGGGUGUUCACCAGUUCACUCCUGCACGUCAGAGGGUGACCCACUGUACGGAGGCUCGCACAGGCCGACACCUGGCCACGUUCUCACGUCGGCCGGGGUCGAGUCUCUACACCCUGACCGUUGAGUCUCCUCCUGUCCCUGAGUCUGGUCAGGUGGCUGCGUCGGGUCAGGUACUUGCUGCUGCGUCCCGGUCAGGUCCUGAGUCUGCCCCCUGUUCUUGUCGCCUCCUGUCUCACGAGACGCUCCUGUGGCACCACCGUCUUGGCCACCCCUCCUUGCCCCGUCUUCGGAGCAUGGCUUCCCGUGUCCUUGUCUCUGGUCUUCCCCAGUCUCUCCCUCCUCUCCCCUCCGGGCCAGGACCUUCCUGUGUCCCCUGUGUCGAGGGUCGCCUCCGGGCUACUCCUCACUCCUCCCACUUCCCCCCGACAGAGGCUCCCCUGCAGACGCUUCACAUGGAUGUGUGGGGCCCAGCCCCCGUCCGUGGGCAGGGUUACGAGCGCUACUUCCUGUUGGUGGUUGACGACUACUCGCGUUACACCACAGUCCUCCCCUUGCGCAGCAAGGGUGCGGUCACUGAGGUGCUGAUCGACUGGAUCCGCGAGGCUCGUCUCCAGCUCAGGAAGAGCUUCGGCUCGGACUUUCCUGUUCUGCGUCUGCACUCUGACAGAGGCGGAGAGUUCUCUUCUCGCCUUCUGCGAGACUACUGUCGUGCACGGGGGAUCCGCCAGACCUUCACGCUUCCGGACUCACCACAGCAAAAUGGGAUUGCUGAGCGCCGCAUUGGCAUGGUCAUGGAUGUCGCUCGUACGUCCAUGAUGCAUGCGGCUGCCCCCCAUUUUCUGUGGCCGUUUGCGGUGAGGUACGCGGCGCAUCAGCUCAACCUUCACCCCCGGGUCUCUCGGCCAGCGAUGUCCCCAGCCUUGCUGUGGACGGGGAAGGUUGGCGAUGCGUCUGUGUUCCGUGUCUGGGGAUCUCGGGCGUUUGUCCGCGACUUGUCUGCGGACAAGCUGUCCCCUCGUGCUGCUCCCUGUGUCUUCCUUGGCUUCCCCACUGACGCCCCAGGGUGGCAGUUUUACCACCCCUCCUCUCGUCGUGUUCUGUCCUCCCAGGACGUCACGUUCGACGAGUCAGUCCCCUUCUACCGUCUCUUCCCCUACCGCACUCCUUCCCUCCCCCCUCCCCCGGACUUCCUUGUGCCGGUUCCCCCCCCGGUAGACCCCCUCCCCCCUCAGGUUCCUGCCCCCUCAGGUGUGUCCCAGGUAGACGCCGUUGACCCGGUCGAGGUUACUGGUGACUCUGGUGCUGCUGCGGGUGCUGAGCCUGGGGGUGCUGACUCUGGGGGUGCUGUGCGCGCGGGUGCUGAGCCUGGGGGUGCUACUGCUGGGGGUGCUGGGCCUGAGGGUGCUACUGCGGAGGGUGCGGAGCCUGGGGGUGCUGAGCCGGGGGGUGCUGUGCCUGGAGGUACUGGGUCUGGGGGUGCUGGGUCGGGAGCUGCUGAGCCUGGGGGUGCUGAGCUGGGAGCUGCUGAGCCUGGGGGUGCUGCGUCUGGAGCUGCUGAGCCUGGGGUUUCUCCUGCUGCUGCGUCUCGCCGGGAGCCCCUCUCUCCACAGGAGCUGCGCGAGUGGUUUGCUCGCCGCUGGAGGCGUGCUGCUGAGUCUGGAGGUGCUGCUGGAGCUGGAGCUGGAGCUUCUUCGACCGUCGAGGGUGCGGGUGCAGCCGGUCCCGGAGCUGCUGGCCCUGCAGGUCCUCCUGGAGCUGGAGCUGCUGAGGGCGUUCGUGCUGAGCCUGCUGCUGUUGGUCCUGCCGCUGGAGGUGUGGGUGGCGCUGGUGCUGUCGCUGAGGGUGCUGGUGCUGUCCCUGCUGAGUCUGGAGCUGCCGCGCGGCCUCGGCCGUACUUCGUUCCGCUCCUUCAGCACGUUCUUGGUCUUUCUCCUCCAGUAGAGGGUCCACCGCCUGUCCAGUCGCAGCCCCUACUGGAGCCUUCCUCUCCACUGCCUGCUCCCUCUCCUUACACUGGUCCUACUGGAGGUCUUGCUGAGCGUCGUGAGCCUGCGUCUCGUCCCGCGUCGCCUGUUCGUGCUGCUCGCGCUAGUGGUCGCAGUUCGCGUCAGCGUCCUCCUCCUGUCCCUGGCACGCACCGGAUGUCUUUACGUCCGUCCACUGCUCCUCUGCGUGCCCCUUUGCCUUCUCCUCCUGAGUCCUCUCUUCCUGCGCUUCCGGACCCUGAGUCGGACUCUCUUCGUGCUGCCAGUCCCACUGUCACGCGUCUGCUUGCUACUGUAGUCACUGACCCCUCUUUUGAGUCCACUGCUGCGUCUGCUCUAGUCGCUGAGCUCGUCGACUUUGCUGCUCGCUGUCGUCUCGACUACGCUGCUAGUCUUGUUGCUGAGUCUGCGUCUGUCUGUCCUCCGUCCGUCGGGGGUGAGUGUGCUCUUGGCACGGACGUCCUAGAGGACAGGCAGGAGGAGUUACAGUGUCUAGCGGCUGCUUCACCUCAUCUCGCGUCUGUACUGCUUGCCCCUGAGGGAGACCCGGAUGCACUAGACAUCCCGACUCCGCGUUCUUACGCGGAGGCCGUAGAGGGUCCCUACUCCUCUCAGUGGCAGGCAGCUAUGGAUGCAGAGAUGGCUUCCUGGAAGUCCACAGGCACCUACGUUGACGCGGUUCCCCCUCCUGGGGCGAACAUCGUCAGUGGCAUGUGGAUCUUCAGGGUGAAGCGGCCGCCGGGCUCUCCACCUGUCUUCAAGGCACGGUACGUUGCUCGUGGCUUCAGUCAGCGGCAGGGAGUUGACUACUUUCAGACCUUCUCUCCCACCCCGAAGAUGACUACUCUUCGGGUGCUGCUGCACAUAGCCGCUCAGCGCGACUACGAGCUUCACUCUCUCGACUUCAGCACUGCGUUCUUGCAGGGUAGCCUGCACGAGGAGAUCUGGCUUCGCCGUCCACCUGGCUUCACUGGGACUUUCCCUCCUGGCACCCAGUGGAGCCUCCGACGGCCAGUCUACGGUCUCCGCCAGGCACCGCGUGAGUGGCACGACACACUGAGGACUACGCUUGCGGCUCUUGGGUUUGCUCCUUCUACUGCUGACCCGUCGCUGUUUCUUCGCACCGACACUUCCCUGCCGCCGUUCUACAUCCUCGUGUACGUCGACGACCUGGUCUUUGCCACAGCGGACACUGCUGGACUCGCCUACGUGAAGUCCGAGCUGUUGAAGAGACACACGUGCACAGACCUGGGUGAACUGCGCAGCUACCUUGGCUUGCAGAUCACUCGGGACAGAGCACGCCGCACCAUUACCUUGACUCAGUCACACAUGGUGCAGCAGGUCCUUCAGCGCUUCGGCUUCACGUACUCCUCGCCUCAGGCCACUCCUCUGCCUACUCGCCACUCACUCUCAGCUCUGCCUUCGGAUGAGUCCGUAGAGUCGAGUGGUCCGUAUGCGGAGCUUACCGGAGCACAUGGCUGCAGCGAAGAGGGUAUUGCGCUACCUGUGCAGUACGUCAGGCAUGGGGCUAGUGCUUGGAGGGCGGAGUCCAGUGGUCCUUACCGGCCACGCGGACGCUUCUUGGGCUGA